GCGCCACCGUGCGGUGGAGGAAGAGUCCGCUGAGUAUAAACGCUUCCAGUCUGUGGAUGCUGACAGCGUCACCGAGUGAGAAAGAGGAGGAGGGAAGAGGAGGAGAGGGAGAUGUUGCAUCAACUAGUCAGACUUCAAGCUGAACGCUCCGAAGUCGGCUGCCUCUCAUUUGAUCAUUUUUAAUCACACCCAUGUUUUUUCUCCCCACUACUGUAAAAAUAACCAAACGCAGGCAGAAAUACUUUUUAGGAGCCACCAGAAUAAAUGAUGAGCCUCUGAUCUCCCGCUGAGACUUGAAACACUUCCAUGCAGCAGAACAAGGACGCUGAGGAUGUUUGCGUCCUCCGCUGCAGUGCGCCCGCACUCUGGAGAGCUGGUCUGAAAGAGGAGGCAAAACUGCACAACUUGCUUGAGAAAAAGUAACUCACCCAGCCCCAAUUUUCACCUCCGCGGCAUCAUGCAGAGCAACGGCAGCGCCUUCGGACCCCCGACCUCUCUGAGUGUGUGUGGAGAAGAGGAUGAGCGCGAAAUUUCCAAAUUGGUCAGCUCCACGGGAGCAGCCUCCAACCUGGCAACCUUUAACUUCUCUCUGAACUGCUGGCUUCACAUCCUCUCCAAGGAAUCCUCAGUGGACCUGCACGGAGACAGCGCAAACCUGGCAGUGCGAGUUCUCAUAGCCCUGGUUUACCUCGUGGUGUGUGUCCUGGGACUCGUGGGUAACUUCCUGGCGCUCUUCUUGCUCCACUCCCGCCGACGUGGUCGCCACCACUCUUCCAUUGACUGCUUUGUGAUGAGCCUGGCGCUGACCGACCUCCAGUUCGUCCUCACCUUGCCUUUCUGGGCCGUGGACACGGUGCUGGACUUCCGCUGGCCCUUCGGCUGGGUCAUGUGUAAGAUCGUGAGCUCGGUCACCACGCUCAACAUGUACGCCAGUGUCUUCUUCCUCACCGCCAUGAGUGUGACCCGCUACCGCUCCCUGGUGACCUCCCUGAAGAUGGAAAGCCCCAGGAUCACCACUGCUCGAGCCAAGUGGGUCAGUUUAGCCAUUUGGGUGGUGUCACUUGUGGCUACGCUGCCUCACACUCUCUACUCCACCACAGUCCAGGUAUCGGCUGACGACGAGCUGUGCCUGGUGCGGUUCUCCGACUCCGACUCAGACCACUGGGAUCCACAAGUCCUGCUUGGACUCUAUCAAACUCAAAAAGUCCUCUUAGGAUUUGUAGUGCCCUUGAUUGUCAUCAGCGUCUGCUACCUCCUCCUCCUGAGGUUCAUCCUGAGCCGACGUGUUGUCAGCAGUGUGGACAGUGGAAGCGUCGGAGAGAGGUCAGAGUGUGAGCGCGGUCGCCACCGCCGCCGCUCCAAAGUCACCCGCUCUGUCACCAUUGUAGUUCUGUCCUUCUUCAUCUGCUGGCUGCCCAACCAGGCUCUCACUCUGUGGGGGGUGUUGAUCAAAUUUGACAUGGUGCCCUUCAGUAAAGCCUUCUACAACGCCCAGGCCUAUGCCUUCCCACUGACCGUGUGUCUGGCUCAUGCAAACAGCUGCCUCAACCCGGUGCUCUACUGCCUGAUCCGACAGGAGUACCGAGCUGGACUGAAGGAGCUCCUGCUGAGAGUUUCGCGCUCUAUCCAAAAUGUUGUCACGCUGGCUCUGAGAGGCAGACGAGUGGAGGAAGCACCGUCCAGUCUCGUCAUCAUACAUAAAGACAUCAACAUGUAAUUUGCUCUAUGAGAAGGAACAGUUUGGGGAGGUUUGGGACACGUGCAUAUUCGCUUCUUACUUGCUGAGAGUUUAAUGAGAGGACUGAUCCCAGUUCUCAAGUCUGAAGCUGCAGUUAAAGUUUAUAAAUGGUUUAACAGGUGUAUCCUUACUAUUACUGAGUUAAUUGUGACCUGUUGACCAUAGUCGGAGGUUUUUUUUCCACAACAUUAAACAAUUGUAAUUUAUAUAUUAUAUUAACAAUUAAAUAUAUUAGUGAGCUUUUGUGGCCAGCACUCUUGCCUUUGCAGCAAGAAGAAGGUUUGAGCCCCAGUUGGAACAAGGGCCUGUUUGCAUGUUCUCCGUGUGUGUGUGUGUGUGUGUGUGUUUUCUCCAGGUUCUCUGGCUUCCUCCCACAGUCCAAAAACAGCAAUAUGGGGAUUAGGUGGUCACUAAAUUGAGUGAAUGGUUGUUUCUCUCUAUGUGGCCCUGUGAUGGACAAUGUUGUUGGAACUGAAAUAAUCUGCAUAGGAGACUCACUGUCGUUAGCGGCAAACCCAAAACAGGUCAACACUAACACUGUAUUUUAAGUUUGAUAAUUACAGCUCAUACCGUCGUACUGCACAGUCUCCUUUCCUUGUUUUCUUUGGUGCCAUAAUUAGGUCGUCCCUCCUCACCUAUUUCACACCUUUUGAAAAACAUCAAAACCUGGGAUCAAUCAGCUCCGAGUUACAUUAAUUCAAGAAGAAAAACAGUUUCUGUAAUUUGGUCAUGAUAAAAGCACGAUUGUCACAUUGCCCUGAGGAGCGAUGUGUGUCAUUUUUUUUAUCAUUCGUGUUAUUGCCUUGUGUUCAAAUCCAGGACAUUUUCCUCGAUGUAAGCAGUGUUUGAUGCCAGCAUGAAACUGUCGGCCAUUUUCAUGUCUCUCUGUCUGUCUUGCUGUGUCUCUGUAAAUUGUUUUGUGGAAAAAAAAAACAUG